AUGACCCUCCUCCCAUUGCACAUUGCCCAGUCCUCCCUGGGCCAGCGGUGUGCUUCCUACCUCACCACCGUCUCGGAUACCCUGCACCAGCGACUCGUCUCACCUCUCCUGUCAGCCAGAGCAUCUUCUUCGUCCUCCUCCUCCUCCUUCCCCCCCUCCUCACUAUCAUCAUCGUUCUCGUCCCUGCGCUCCCUCACUCUCCCGUUCGAUUGGGCCAUCCUCGACUCCGCCGACCCCUCUGCCACCGUCACAGCCGUCCUCGCCGUUCUCGCCUGCAUCUUUGUCCUCGUCACGAUGAGCUGGCGCUUUGGCGACUUCUUCCGCCGCGGCCCCUACGCCAAGGUCCCGCCGCCGCACAUCAGCGACAGCGACUACACAUACCUCACGCCCGAGGACAUCGUGGACCCGCCGGCCGCGCGCCCCUUUGCACCGCAGCACUUCCCGUCCGCACGCGACGACGAAGCCCCGGACACCAUUCUCCUCAAACACCGGCAGAAGACCUACGCCCUGAACUUCCCCGCGUACGCCAUCAACGAUGGGGCGCUGAGCGUCGGCGACCUGCGCCGCCGCGCCGCCGAGGCCACGGGGACGUCGAACCCGGCGCGCGUCAAGUUACUCUACAAGGGGAAGUUGUUGGAUGAUGAUGCCAAGUCGUGCCGCGCGGAGGGCCUCAAGCAGCAGUCUGAGGUGCUGUGUGUGGUCUCGGAGGUGCAGCCGGGGGAGCGGACGCCGAGUGAAGUCUCGGACGCGGAGGGCGAGCGGGCGGGUGACCACGCCGGCCGUGCCGAUGAGGCGCCAGCGGGGGAGAAGAAGAAGCGGAACCGGAAUCGGCACAAGAAUAAGAAAAAGAACAAGAAUCGGAAGUCGCUAGAGGAAGAUGGUGCCCCCGGUACCCCCGGUGCUCCAGGUGCUGGUGCUGGUUACCCCCCUGCUGCGUCGCUUGCUCCCCCCGCGGACCAGAGGAAGCCUACCUCGUCGUCAUCAUCGCUCCCGCCGUCGGCCCCCAACCUCAAGACCUUCCCCACCGCGUUUGACCAGGCCAAUGCGUUGUUGUCGUACUUCCGGACGGUGCUACUGCCCCUCUGCAAUGCGUAUAUCGCCCAUCCGCCUACGGAAGCCAAGGCGCGCGAUUUCGAGCACAAGAAGUUGAGCGAGACGAUUCUUGCACAGGUCAUUCUCAAAGCGGACGGGAUCGAGCCGGAUGGCGAUGAAGCCGCUCGGAAUGCGCGUCGGGCGUUGAUCAAGGAAGCGCAGACGGCUCUGAACAGGCUAGACCAAGCGGCGCACGCAUAA